GCCCCUCUUGGAACGAUAGAAGCCAUGAACUUUCUCUCUUUUAACUCCCUCAUCCCCCGGCCGAGCCCAAGUACAAAACCUGGGUGCAAUGAUUCAUCCAAGGCAGAAAGAAUUUUUAUCUUCGCCUCCCUCAAAAAGCAAAAGUGGAAAGGUAUGAUCAUCAUGCCAUGAUGUGUGAUCAAAGCCAUCUCAGCCCCUCCAAUCUAAUAGCUAGAAAAGGAGUGCAUCCAUUCCCUCUUUAAAAAUAUCCCUCCCGCAUCCGCUCCUUUUCCCCUCUCCAUUCCUCUUCUCCACCUUGAGGGAAUCAUCGUAGAGUUAGAGCAAGCGAGAAGAAAAGAGAUCUAGAAAGAAAGGAAGAAAGAUAGCUAGGGAGAGAGAUACUAAUUGGAAGAAGAGAUCAUGAAGGAGACCAUAAGGUGCUGCAUCUCGUGCAUCCUGCCAUGCGGCGCGCUCGACGUGGUCCGCAUCGUGCACGCCGACGGGCGGGUCGAGGAGAUCGGAGGCACGGUGAGCGCCGGAGAGAUCAUGCAAGCAUACCCUAAGCACGUCAUCCGAAAGCCGCCCUCGGCCGUCUCGGAUGAUGGUGUCGUCCCCAAGGCGGUGAUACUGCCACCAAAUGCCAAGCUCCAGAAAGGGAAGAUAUAUCUCCUCGUGCCGGUGUCGUCGGCGCCGGAGAAGGCCCGGUCGGGGAGUACGACGAGGAGGAGGAGGAAGAAGAGAGAAGGGGAGAGAAAUGGGGUGUUGACCGAUAAGACGAGGCUUCUCGUCAACGAGCGCUACUUGUCGGAGAUCUUGUCGGAGAAGGUGUCGACGCAGAGGGAUAGGCGGCGGGGGAGGGUCGGGGUGUGGCGGCCGCAUUUGGAGAGCAUCUCGGAAUCAAAUGAUUUCUAAAUAUGUUCUUUUUUUUUCUCUUCCUUUUUUUGUUCAAUUCCUCUUUUUCUCUGUGGUCUAUUUUUUGUUUUAAAGCAUCUUCAGUUAAAGCUCCUUUGGAGGUGAUGGAGUCUUUGUAAAGAAAGAUAUGACACCUUUCUUUGCUUCUGCUUUGUUUCAUGGGCUGUAGGUGGUUUCAAGUGAGUCUGGCUGUUUAGUAUUUCUUUUUAUUGCCAAAGAGCAUGGGGGAUUGGUAGUGGGGUGAGGGGAGGCAAUGGGAUGGAAAUACAGAUUGGAGGGGUGAGUUGCUUUGUUGUUUUUGCGAUGAAUUGUUAUGAAGAGAAGAGAGAGAGAAAAUGCUUGGGAGGCCCCACUCCUCCUUUUGUUCAGUAUCUGAAUACAAUAAUGAGUGGAUCAAUCAUAGUUCCAACAA